AGCACUUGAACACUGCACUGUCUGAGACACGGUUUGAGACGCACCCAGAGGGGCUAAGCUAGCAAGGCAGCUAGCUUUGUAUUAAUGAAUGAAGGAAUAAACCGCUUUGUGUUAUUUGACAGAGUGAAAUAAAUCAGCGCUGUUUUCUGAGGAAACCCUGGAGCAUUAAACCCGGAAACUGUGAUGUGAGUGCUUCCUGUCAGGUGAAAGCCAUGAUUCCCAGACGGAUACCGUUUAAUCAGAUCGCCUUUGCGACUCUGGUUGGAGUUGGAGGAGGAAUUUAUAUCUACAGACCCAUGUUCGAGUCUCACAGGAGGAACACAAGUGAAGGAAAGAAAGCUGAGGCUGAAAAUAAAGGACAAAAUAACAUGGACAAGUGACUGGAGGAGAGGAAGGAGGAGGAGAGGUCAAAAGAGGAACCACCACCACCAUCAUCGUCAUCACCGCCAUCAUCGUCAUCACCGCCACAUCAUCAUCACCGCCAUCAUUGUCAUCACCACCACAUCAUCGUCAUCACCGCCACAUCAUCAUCACCGCCAUCAUUGUCAUCACCACCACAUCAUCAUCACCACCGCCAUCACCGUCACCACCAUCAUCAUCGUCGUCAACGCCAUCAUUGUCAUCACCGCCACAUCAUCAUCACCGCCAUCAUUGUCAUCACCACCACAUCAUCAUCACCACCGCCAUCACCGUCACCACCAUCAUCGUCGUCACUGCCAUCAUCGUCACCACCAUCAUCAUCACCACCAUUACUUUCUUCUUCUUCUUCAUUCUAGAUUUUAAAUAAAUGAUAAAGUAGACAGGAUAAAAAGAUAAGCAAUUUGUAAAUGAAUCCAAGUGACUCAGUCUCCUCACAAGAAUGACUACUACUACAAAUAGUUUUAUUGUGAAUUAAAAAAAAAGAUCUGAUUCUCUUUUAAUUCUUGCAUCUUGUUUCAAUAUGUUGUUAUUGAUUAGACUGUUGGGCCUCAUUUAUCAAGCUGGAUCGGAUCGGAUUGAUGUGUAAAUCUUUCGUGCAAGUGUUCACACGAGAAAUUUGGUAUUCGUUAAAAUAGAUAGAUAGAUUAAUCCCAAGCUGGGAAAUUGUUACUUGAUCGACUUCAAAUCAUAAGUCGGUGGUGUAGUGGUUAGCGCUGUCACCUCACAGCAAGAAGGUUCUGGGUUCGAGCCCAGCGGCGGCCUUUCUGUGUGGAGUUUGCAUGUUCUCCCCGUGUCUGCGUGGGUUUCCUCAGGGUGCUCCGGUUUCCCCCACAAUCCAAAGACAUGCAGUUAGGUUAACGUGGGGUGGUCUUGGGCUGAGGUGCCCUUGAGCAAGGUACCGAACCCCUGACUGCUCCCCGGGCGCUCUGGUGUAGCUGCCCACUGCUCUGUGUGUGUGUGUGUUCACUGCUUCAGAUGGGUUAAAUGCAGAGGAUGAAUUUCACUGUGCUUGAAGUGUGCAUGUGACAAAUAAAGGUUUCUUCUUCUAAAUAA